GAAAUGGCACAACCGUUGAUAGGUUGCGUUUAGAUUGUGGACUGUCUCAAUCUGCUCUAACUCGUUCGACCUCGGCAGUGCCCUAAACGACCGCCCUAUACGGAGGCGUAUUGGUUCGUCUACGCCGAUUGAGGGCAAAGUUUCGGGUCUCUGCGCAUGGGCUUUGCGAGCCAGCAAGCCAGCCGGAAAGCGUAAUUGGUGCGAGCGUUUAAUCAGUGAAUGGGUAUCAUUGGGUCGACCUUUACCUGUCAGUUGUUUCACUAGGGGGCGGCAAAAAUGGCGACGGUCGGGAGAACUCAUUUCCUCCUCGGCUUGCUGUGGCUCUGGAGCGCCGUCGUUUUGGCCCAGGACACCGGUGCACAGCGCAAAGUGAAAGCAAAGUGGCCAUACUACCCGGGGUUCGUGAACGACCCAGCGAACCCAGUUAACUCUGAGGACGAGGAGGAGCAGAAACAAGCCAGGCCUUCAUAUUAUGCAGACGAGCCAGACGACGACAAGCAAAAAUGUCUGGCAAACGGGUGCUGUGUUCAGGGCCCACCGGGUAUGCCCGGGACCAAUGGCGUUCCCGGAAGCAAUGGCAUCCCUGGAACGCCAGGGAUCGGUGGGAAGGAUGGCGACAAGGGAGACCGGGGGCUUCCGGGCAGACCCGGUAGGCCAGGGACGAAGGGAGACAAGGGGGACUCUGGAAGUGGGGCGAUGCUGCUUGGCAGUAACAUCAAACAGUGCGCCUGGCGGAACCUCAACUUCGAUGAAGACCACGGAAAGAUCAAGGAAUGCCCGUUUUCCAAACGGUUCACCAACUCCUCUCUCCGUGUCGUGUGGAACGGAGCGCUCCGGGUGACGUCAACCAGUGGCUGCUGCAAGCGGUGGUACUUCACCUUCAACGGGAUGGAGUGUUCGGGGCCGCUGCCCAUCGAGGGACUGGUCUACACGAAUGCGAACAACGGGAUGUACGGGUUGAACAUUCAUCGGGUUUCCUCCAUUGAGGGCAUCUGCAGCGGCCUCCCUAAAGGCAAAAUCAACGUGGAGUUCUCUGUGCGCAACUGUAAGGGCAUCUCCAACAGCGGCAACGCCUACACCGGCUGGAACUCCGUGUCUAGGAUCAUCGUCGAAGAGAUCAUGCUUCCUGAAGACGCAACAAACCAGUAGAGGGGUCUACAAUCACUGCAACAACCUUAGCUUUACUGCAUACAGGAAGUCAUGUCUUUAAGCACUUCUUUAAGCAUGCUUUGAAGCCACCUUAAAGAUCUGAUUUCGUAAAGGUUCAUCCGUGAUAAAAGGAUUCAUUCUGAAGCACAUGCAACUGUGAUUUUCAACACAGGAAAAGAGUUCAACUUAUACAACUAGAGACGGAGGACGCUAUGAUAUAUUUGCAAAUUUUCGACCUGCUAGUCACAUGAAGUGAUGUCAUAGAGGCAGUGGAUUGUUGAUUCUGUGACUAGUGCUGUACAGUCGAAAUCUUUGAUAUGUCCAUCCAUUCCUUGUGCAUGUGCUGAAAAUCACUGUUGAAGUCAUCAUUAACAGUAACAUCAUAUGAUGCUCCUCUAACGCAUGAAUCACAUAUGGUGAGUUCUCAUAAAGAGCUCAGCUCAAGGUUUCAAGGUAGCAGUCGCUUUUCGGUGUAUGCAUUUGUAAAAACAAUUUCAAAAGAUAAAAGGAGUAUUCGUUAAGAGAGUUUUGGGGAUACUUAGGUUUGAAGGAUACGUUAAACGUUAUACAGUAUACAGUAUACUUUGAGGACUGUCUAGAAAUAACGCUGGUUCACCUUUAUCCGCGGGGUAACGUAUAUCCGGCGUUUUUAAAUCAAUGUAUUUAGGUAUAUCAAAUUGAAAUAUUCUGGUUUCAAACAGCAAUAUUUUCAAAAUACUGUAGUUUGAAACUACGUCAUUCGACUUAAUAUCCCUAAGUACCUUGUUUUUAAAAACGACGGAUAUGGGCUACCCCACGAAUAAAGGUGAACUAGCGUUACCUAACAUUGCCAUUACUUUAUUGUAUGUUCGCUUCAGUUCCAUCUGGUAAAAAGAAGGCAACAACGUUAUUUCACGUAUAACCGAUAUCGUUCCUACUAGCAAGUAUAGCAACACAUGUAGAAAUGCAAGCUAUCUGAUCUCAAUUAUAUCAAUUUUGUACGUGUGAAAUGUUUUACAUAGACACACAGAACAUAGAAACACGCAAAUGUAGAAACGACGAAGGCGAUAUAUAUAUCAUACAAUUUAAAUGUUUAAGACUUGGGUAGAGAGCAUAUCUGCCACUAGUUGAAGUGUAAGUAAAUGUUCCGCAUACUCAAGCUGAGGAUACCUAUAUAUACAUUGAUGAGGGCUCUCUCCAGCAGCAACAUUAUAUGCUUUGGAGACCACCAUUCAAAACAUCUUCAAUCUUGCAAACAAGAUCAUAGCACUAUCCCCUGCAUCUGCAUGGUAUAUUAUCAAUAAAGCAUAUUAGAUAAAGGGAAGCAGUUUGUGCAAUAGUCGUGCUGGUGAUGCAAUGAGAAGUUGUAAAAUAUCACAGGUGCAAUAAAGUUGUUAAUGUAUAAUGUGUAA